CCCGCGCCGGGCGGGCCGAGCGGCGGCAGCGGCGGCAUGGCUGAGUCCCGAGGGGCUGCGGGACCGGCGGCGAGGGGAGAUACCGAGUGUGUUUUGGAGCCUCUAUCUCUGCCAGAAAGUCCAGGUGGUGUUGAUGCAGUAGAAAGUUCUCCCUAUGUGCCUUGUAUUUUCUGCACAGAAUGCUAUGUCUUAGCAGAACAAAACCAGCUCCUGAAGCACAUGAUUAUUGAACACAAGCUCGUCAUAGCAGAUGUGAAACUGGUGGCAGAUUUUAGAAGCUACAUCCUGUACUGGAAGAGGAGGUUUGCAGAACAGCCCAUCACAGACUUUUGUAGUGUGAUAAGAACAAAUUCAAAAGCUCCACUAGAGGAACAGGACAAUUAUUUUCUUUUAUGUGAUGUUUUACCAGAAGACAGGUUACUUCGAGAACAGCUUCAGCAAAAGAGACUGAGAGAAAUUCUAGAACAGCAACAACAAGAGAGAUAUGACACAAGUUUUCAUAGUAUGUGUAUGUUCUGUGAUCAAGAAUUCACAGGAAACAGAUCUGUUCUUCUCAAUCAUAUGGCAAGAGAGCAUGCCUUUAACAUUGGGCUGCCAGAUAACAUUGUGAACUGCUAUGAGUUUUUGGCUGUAUUGCAGGGAAAGCUUGACAACUUGCAGUGUUUAUACUGUGAAAAAGUCUUCAGAGACAAAAACACACUUAAAGAUCACAUGAGAAAGAAGCAGCAUCGCAGAAUCAAUGCCAAAAAUAAAGAAUAUGACAAAUUCUAUAUCAUUAAUUACUUGGAAUUUGGAAAGUCCUGGGAGGAAGUGCAGUCAGAGGAUGACCGGGAAUUACUGGAUAGCCUAGAAGAAGAUUGGUCUGACUGGGAAGAGCAUCCUGUAUGUGCAGUUUGCCUGUUUUGUGAACAGCAAGCAGACACCACAGAAAAACUCUAUCUUCACAUGCAGAAAUCACAUGGAUUUCACUUUCCUAAAAUAAAGUCAGAGCAUGGUCUGAACUUCUAUCAGCAAGUAAAGCUAGUGAAUUUCAUCAGAAGAGAAGUCCAUCGUUGUCGUUGUUACAACUGCCAGGAGAAAUUUGAAUCCAAAGGAGGAUUGAUAAGUCAUAUGGAAGAGACCAAACACAUUGCAUUCCUGCCAGCCAGGUCUACAUGGGAUCAACCACAGUAUUACUUUCCUACCUAUGAAAAUGAUACACUCCUGUGUACGCUGUCAGACAGUGAAGAUGCAAAAGCUGAGGAUCAAAGUGAAGGAGUGCCUGUUGUGUGGGUGCUCUGGAAAUAAAUUAGACCUACAGGAUACUGAAAAUGCACUGAGUAAAAUCAAUCACAUAACUGCAGAGUGAAACAGAGACAGAAGCAGUAUCUGACUUUGUCAAGAGGAAAUGGGAUGGAAGACGUGCAGCAGGUGCUGAGAAUACAGACAGAAAAAGGGGACAGUCAGAGUCGUAUGUUUGCAUUGAUACAAAAAUCGGGGAGGAGCAAGCACAAGCCAAAUAUUUUUGAACUGAAAUGUCCUGACCAUCUUAAAUGAGCCACAAUCUGUACUUCUUGCAUUUGUAAAAUUCUUAAUUUCAUACAGCAAUUGCAAUGGGUGUUGCUGCUUUUUUUGCCCCCUAAUUUUCUCCAAGCAGUUAUUUUCUUCCUAACUUAGAAGUUGAUUUCAGUCUUUGCUUUUUAGUCAGAUUCUUAGCUGAGGGAAUAAGAAUUAAUGGGGCUUACAUUAGUGAUGUGUGUUGAGCAAUGGAAAAAAUCAGCAAAAGAACUAUGGCAACAGCACAUAAUGAGUUUUAUGGCAAGCCCAUCUCAGGAGGGCACAUUAAGGGGAGCAUAAAAUUUUACUGAUAUAUAAUAAAGUGAAAUGGCAAAACAUUUCCUAAUCAUAAGGAACGUGGUGCUGAGUCAUUCAUAUCCCUACCAAAUUAAAACAAUGUCAGCAGUAUGAAAUGACUGCUGUUCUGGUUCUAAGAGAAAUUAGAAAAAGCAAUGUUUCAGUGUACAAUUAAGAGACUAUCUAAAGAGAAAUUGCAUACAUAACACAGACUGGCUGUCUAUGUUGAGUGAAAAGAAAAAGGCAUUUAGGAAGAAUUCAUAAGCAGUGUAUAACUGUUUACUUGAAAUAUCAGGAACAUGAGGAAUCAGAUUAUGGUUGAGCUUGUAACUUCAGUUAUGAACGGGCAACAAACUAGGUUUAAGUCUUUUGUAGGUUCACAGAGAGGGUUAGUUAUGGAUUCUAGGGUAAAAAUUGAGCAUUUUCAUUUAGCACAAUGAUGCUUGUUAUUUUGCUGGAGCAUACUUAUUUGUUCAUAUAAUGCCCACAAUUUUCCCUAGGCAUUCUUGUCCUCUUAUCGGUUUUAAAAAUGUAGCUAUUUUUUGUCUUAAAUAGAGGACACAGUAAUGACUGCAUACAGUUAUUAGGGGCAAAUAUGGUCUUCUAAAAAAAGAGUAUUUUUGGAGGCGUUGCAACAAAAGUAAUAGUGCCUUAAUUCUUGGAGUGGACAGAGUUGGGGUUGGCAAAUGCUCUUGAGAGAGUCAGAUCAUGAGAAUGAGUACUUCUAAUUGGUAUGAAAAAAUCUGCACUAGUUUAACUCCAAUGAACAUUUCUUACAAUAAUUCUUCCUAGUGUAGACCUUGACUCAUACACAACUCACUUUUCUGUGUCUAAAGCAAUGUUUAGAAGGACCUGGGUUAAAGGAAGAAAAAUGCUUGUGUCCAGGUGACUGGUAAUCCUUCCUGCCCUUUUUACAAAUAUCUUCAUUAUGUCUUUGAUGCUUCUCCACACUCAGUUUAGUCUGACAAGUCUGUGCAGAUUUAAUCUGACUUAAGGAGUUAAUGGUUGUUGGUUUCCAUUUAAGACACUAUUUUCUGUUUCUGUCUACAUUUGCCUGGCACGCUGUGAGAGCUGUCAGCAUCUUCUCUUAGCUGCCUGAAUGGUACCUGAUGUGAGAAACACCAGACUAAGGCUCUGAAAAGUCUCUCUGCUGUUGUCCUUUCUCGGUGUCAUCUUUGCCUCUGAAUUCCAGUCAGAUCUCUACCAGUGACUGAGGUGUUUGUCACAAUCUCUCUCUCUCUCCUUCUUCCAUUUAACAGUGUUUGACCUAAAUCUGAGGUGGGACGCUGAACUUUGAGGGGAAGUAAACAAGGUUACCAGUGUCCAUUCUCAAAUUCAGGUCCAGAGCAGACAGUGGGCAUAGGCCUUGGCAUCAUCUACUGUCUACUGCCAAUGAACAGCAGCAAAUCCCUGGCUUUGCUCAUGACUUGAUGCUGUGUUAAAUGUCCUUGCAUUAUUUGCAUUUUACUUAGAUGUAUACAGAGGCUGAAGAGAAUCAAUGAUCCCUGGGGAAAAGCUGUAAUUCACAUGGGCAACAUGAAAAAUACUUUGUUUCCCCAGGAGGUUUUGUUAAGUCAGGAUGCUUUCUGAGGCUUAUUAACAAUACAACAACUGAAGCAUCUGUUUGUCAAAUUGUCAAAUUAUGCCUUUGUCUACUCUGCCAGGUAUGUCAAAAUUGGUUAGAUAACAAUUGUCACAUGCAAGAGGUAACUUAUAGCCCUAGCAGGAGUUACUGCUUCCAUGCAGUAGUCAUUAAAAUCAGCUGCUGUAGAAAUAGAUGCAGCAGUGGUUGCAUGUAAAAUUACUCCUUUUUUUCAUGAGCAUUCAAUGUUCUGUUCUUUUGAGUGCAGUUUUUUUCCUUUCUGUAGGAAGUUUUCUCCUACUAAGCUGUGCUCAAUUUGACUUCUUGCACCAGAAAGAAAUUUUCAAUUGCUUCUUGAAUUGGAUUAUACAUCUUUUGCCAAACUCUUGCUCAUGAAGAUGCAGACAAAGUAACUAUUUUUGUGAUUAACAUGUAACCCUUUAGUUGAAUCACAUUUUAUUUUUAAAUCCCUGAUAAAUUCACUCUCUAAAAUAAUAAGAAGAGUGGGGGAAUUAAGGAUCUUUAUAACUAAAAAUACAUCAGUUUUGUUUGCAUAAAUUUGGAAAAAAUAAAAGUGCUUUUUUUCUUCCACAAAUGUACCUUUGAACACAAUUCUCUCUAUCUGGUUUAUGAUCUUGAGACUGAAAAGGUGGCUAUGUGUAGAUUACAUAUGGGUCUAAUGUCCACCCUUGCAUUAUCAUCAGUAAAUGUAGUCUGUGGAUCCUAGAGUCAUUCAGCUCACCCUAAAGAAGUGCCAGUGGCAGAUUUCUAGUGUUACUGCUAGAACACUGAUAUGCUUCAAUUGUAAUUCUCAGUAUAAUCAAAUGCUUCAAAAUUUCACAUUUUGUGGGGGUCAUACAGAGCAUUUGUCUGUCACGUCACAUCUUAUGAGUGUGUAGUGAAAUCCCUCACAAUAACUGCAGGCAGAUUUUUGGUAUCACCUCCAGCCACAGCUUCAUUGAAUGUUAGGAGAUUUACUUUUUAUUUCUAUGCUUUCUGGAAAUAGCAGAACAAUCUAGGAAUAAAUAAUGCAGCAAUUGCUAAUUGCUCAUUAGGGAGCCUGUCUUUGUAAACUGCCUGCACAGCUUUACAGAGCCAAGCACUGCUUUAACCUUUAGGUGGUUUUAAAUUUAUGCUUCCAGUUGUGCUGAGGUCAUUUUGUUACUUUCUGAUGCAUAUCUGUGCCUUCACACCACUAAUGGAAGUAUUGCUAUGGAUCUUCACAAACAUUUGACCUGUUGCAAUAAACUGGUUUUUGUUAGAAUCAAGGUGAAAUGAAGAGCAGAUAAGCAAGGAUGGGGCUUAGCAUUUGUGAAGAAGGAUUGUGAGCAUGUGGCAAUGGAUUUUUACAAACAGUGAUUGACCAUGCAUUCUUUGACAAAUAUUGUUCCUUCCCUCUGCCUCAGUUUCCUAAACAGCAAGGUUGUGAUUAUAUGAUAACAACUUUUAGGAAGAAAACCCACAUAGAAGACAGGAUUCCAAUGUAUGCAUGCAGCUUAUCUGCAUUAGUUAGGCUUUCAAAUUUGAAAUAUUUAGUUCAGAAAGUGACUAGAUCACAGUCAAAAUGUUUAAUCAUUCAAGAAGAAGAAACUUAAUAUUGGGAUUACAUUCCCAUAAGGAAAGAAAUGUUGACCAUUUUGAAAAUAAUUUUUUUUUUAAGAAGGGUUAACUUCCAAAUCAGAGCUUCAGAAUAUUUCUGAUUUGCCUUCAAUUGAGAUUUUCAAGUAGAGAAUGUAUAUUUUCUAGAAGGUCCUCUCCUUUUAGUCAUGUUACAGAUAUUCCAAGUGUUCAGUUGCAUUCUAAGGAAAAUUGUUUUCCUGUAAGAGAAAAAUGACUGCAUAGCCUAGAGUACCCAUGGUUGGCACAGAUGAGAGAAGUUGUCCAUGCUGGUCUGCUCUAGACUUAAAAGGUAUAAACCCAUGAGUUUGCUGAGAUUAAAGAAAGAAAAUUUAUUGCAAAAUGCUCUGCAUCCCUAGAUUCAUUCAAUUGAUCCAUUUCUUUAUAAGCAGUCUCUAUUUAAAAUCCUAGCUAUUUAAAAGGUUUCAGGUGGUUUAGUAUUUUUCUCAAAAAGUAUACAUGUAAGAUAGGUAAGAUUUUUCAGACUCUCUUAAGCUUGUUAUUGCAUGUGCCUCGCCUUUCCUUCAGUGAAGGAAAGUCUCUGAUUACAACAGGACUUCUUUUCACUAUUAGAGAUAUUUGGAUGUUUUCUUCUUAAAAGUUGCUGCAAUGGUACUUUUGUUAAUAUUGCCAUCUUUACAAGAGGCUUGAGUUUUUUAUUUUGCCUUGAGCCACUCAGGCAAACAGUUACAUUUCAAGUUAGCAAUCUGUGAAAGGGCUCAUGCUGGGAUCCAUGCUUCAAUGCAACAGCACGGACCGUUUUCCCAUUUAUGCUGGAUUGUCCCUACGGAUCUUUAAAGAUGAAGAAGAUGUUGUUGCUUCUGCCUCCUAGACUUGGUGACACUGGGAGAGUUGUUUAAAUGCCCCUAAUGACUGAUUUGAAGCCAGUUAGAUAGGAUUCCAAUCAAUACCUAAAAUGAAUGUUAGCAUCCUACCGAGUAAAGAUUUCCUGGUGUUUAGUUUUGUUUCUGGUUGGAAAAAACAAAACAAACAUUCCUUAAUAUAUGUGACAGUGUUUAUGUACUAAAUUUUUGGGGCUUUGUGCUGAUUAAAAAUAGUACAGUUCUAGAGCCUGCCCUCUCUUGUUUGUACUGC